ACGUAUAUGUGGCGUUGAUCUGGACCUUGCGGCUUGCGGGUCCAGUUGUAACAAGAGGCGAUGCAUAUCGAGAACCAAAGGCCUUUUGAUGAGGACCUGUUCGCUGCAAUGCGGCAAGGAUACAUCGCAUUGUUCCAAGAGGCUUUGUCGGAACACCCGCACCCCAACGUCAAUCUCGUCUAUCGGGGGAGACGAGCGCGCAGAGUCCAUCACCUCUGCCUGGACUUCCUGGCUGUUCGGCACCAGAUAAAUACCAUGGUGCGAAACGGCGCGCCCGUCCCUCAAGCCACUCGAGACCACCUCGCCGAGUUAAGGCACGAUGUGGCUUUGUACGUGGAGACUCCCCACGAAGAUACCCGCAUCCUAACGUCAACUUGGACUACAGAAGGCGACGAGCCAGACGCGUGCACGUGCUCUGCUGCCACUUCCUGCAUCUGCGACAGCAGAUCAACAACGCAGUGGCAAAUGGCCAAGCGGUCGCCCAGGCCGACCAACAGCACCUCGGCGAGCUUCGGCACGACGUUGCUUUUUACGUCGAAAACGUGCAUGACGAUACCCACACCCCAACGUCAAUCUCGUCUAUCGGAGGAGACGAGCGCGCAGAGUCCAUCACCUCUGCCUGGACUUCCUGGCUGUUCGGCACCAGAUAAAUACCAUGGUGCGAAACGGCGCGCCCGUCCCUCAAGCCACUCGAGACCACCUCGCCGAGUUAAGGCACGAUGUGGCUUUGUACGUGGAGACUCCCCACGAAGAUUGCCGCAUCCUAAUGUCAACCUCGACUACAGAAGGCGACGGGCACGACGCGUGCAUGUGCUGUGCUGUAACUUCCUGCACCUGCGACAGCAGAUCAACGCCGCAGUGGCAAAUGGCCAAGCGGUUGCCCAGGCUGACCAACAGCACCUCGCCGAGCUUCGGCACGACGUUGCUUUUUACGUCGAAAAUGUGCAUGACGAUUGCCUCACCCUAACGUGAACUUAGUGUACCGGAGGUUGAGGGCCACUCGGGUGCACCACCUUUGUGUGGACUUCUUGAAUGUGCUGGACCAGACCAACGGGAUGGUUCAGAAUAACCAACCUGUGCCCCAGGCCCUGCACGACCAGUUGGCACAGCUACGCCACGAUGUGGCGUUUUUUGUGGAAAACGUGCACCCGAACACCCGCACCCCAAUGUCAAUCUCGUCUAUCGGAGGAGACGAGCGCGCAGGGUCUACCACCUCUGCCUGGACUUCCUGGCUGUUCGGCACCAGAUAAACACCAUGGUGCAAAACGGCACGCCAGUCCCACAAGCCAAUCGAGACCACCUCGCUGACAUACGACACGAUGUGGCUUUCUACGUGGAAAAUGUCCACGAAGACUGCCUCACCCUAACGUGAACUUAGUGUACCGGAGGUUGAGGGCCACUCGGGUGCACCACCUUUGUGUGGACUUCUUGAAUGUGCUGGACCAGACCAACGGGAUGGUUCAGAAUAACCAACCUGUGCCCCAGGCCCUGCACGACCAGUUGGCACAGCUACGCCACGAUGUGGCGUUUUUUGUGGAAAACGUGCACCCGAACUGCCGCAUCCAAACGUGAACUUGGACUACAGGAGGCGACGAGCAAGACGGGUGCACGUGCUGUGCUGCAACUUCUUGCAUCUGCGACAGCAGAUCAAUAACGCAGUGGCAAAUGGCCAACCGGUCGCCCAGGCCGACCAACAGCACCUCGGCGAGCUUCGGCACGAUGUUGCUUUUUACGUCGAAAACGUGCAUGACGAUGAUGCUCCGUUCCGUGUGGACUGAAGUUCAAGGGGCACCCAACACAACUGGGCACGCAGCCUGAGUGGGCCACUACCUGUUCUUAAAUAAAGCUUCUCUCUGAGCUAGUUUGAUGCCUAUCGGGAAACAGAAAAAAAGGACGCGUAACCACCAAGGAGGAACUCGAAAUGGAACGAAAAAGGGCGUCACUCGCAACAUCACUUGAUUCUCAGAAAAGAACCGACAUACAUAUGUACAGCCGUAGCGACCAUGCGCAAAGCACACAUCUUCACAGGCUUGUCGAAAUACACGGGAUGAGGGUAAUCACAAAAGCCUUUUAAUCUAGAAAAGUUUGAAAGAAGUCAGACUCGCCGCCGCAGAAUAGAUGUGUCGCACGCUUGUUUCUUCUUCAUAAAGCGGCUAAGCAGCACUCGAACAUAGUCAGAAAGCGAUGCCAAUCGGUGGUAGGGGCUCCUGGGAACAUAUGAGCCAAGCGUUAUAACUAGAGCUGUGCGAAUAGCAAAAUUUUGGGUGCGAAGCGAAUUCGAAUAUUGAAGCGUGAGUGCGAAUCGAAUAUUUUUCGAAUAUUUCUCGAAUAUUUCUAGAAUAUUUUUCGAAUACUUCGAAGUGAAAUUGCAGAAAAAAAAGUUAGGAUUCCUAAGCAUAUCCUUAUUAGAUAGCAACAUGAAAGUGUUUCUUUUCACUAAGUUGAUGAAGCACUGGCGGGGUGGUGUUUCAUAGUUGUAUCAAGAAUGAGGCAAUGUAGAGGCCGAAUUCUAUUUAUGUACAUGAUUUGGCGCAACCAAAGUGUUGCCGAUGUAACACUUCCCACGUGAUAGGCAAAGAUGCCAUUUCCUCAGCCUCUCCUCCUCUUUCAACACCAACUGAUGUGGCGGACAAAGGUGUGCUCCUUUCAAGUCCGGAGUUCCAAAUCUGCCUAGACGUUGAUAUAUAAGAGCAUCUGAAAUUUUGGAUGCUAAAAAGCUUCGGUUUUUCCUGCCCAAAUUUCAGGUCCAAAACAGCAAUAAUUGAGCCCCCACCUCUACCACAUCUUUCAUCUCCAUGUUGGAACCAGCGUUUUCUUGAGUUAGUACAUUUGCGACCGUAGCAGAGCUUGAAAGGCAGCUUUGCCGCAAUACCGGGGUGUGGUGAGGUGAAGCAUAUUGAAAACCUAGGGACCACUUCCAAUCGGACGUUGACUGUGCCAUGGCAAAGUUCGACCGUAACGGAGCUUGAAAGGCAGCUUUGCCGCAAUACAAGAAUGUAAUGAGGUGAAGCAUAUUGAAAAUCUGAAGGGGUCACUUUCAGUCGGACGUUGACUGUAUUUGUUUUUGGGAAGUUCGAAUAGUUCGAAUAGUAAAAUUCCAGUGCGAAUCGAAUCGAAUAGCAAACACUAUUCGAAAAAUAUUCGAAAUUUCGAAAAAUAUUCGAAAUAUGCAUGUGCAUGCAUAUUUACCGUGGCCGCCGUGGGAUGCCGCGACGUGCCCGCGCGCGCUCUUGGUCACGCUGGAGGUAAGCCGCGCGUUCGAAGAAAAACGAAAUAAAAAACAAAGGGUUCAAGCCUUCAUGACGCGCGCUGACGAACGGGCGCACGUAGCUUCUUGCCCCCGUUUCAUCACCCCUGCGUAGCUUUCAGCGCGCUCACUGGUUAGGAAAGGAGAGAGAGAGAGAAUUGCGCUUGAAGCGCACGACAAACUGACAGCAACUCUGCGCGUACUUCACGGAUUCUAAAAAUAUUGCGGCGGUGGAUUCGUGUGGCAAUAAUCUUCUUUAAUGAAGUGAUUUGAUGAUUACUUGGAAAAGUAUAGCAGGGCCCCUUUAAUGCGCUUCCACGAUCUCGCGCUAGGCUUGUUAUGCUUCUUUUUGUAUUUUAAUAUAGAGGGUGUUCAAAAUGAAGCUUUAUAUAUGGUAUAUGGUAUGGUAAACUUUAUUGAGGUCCUGCAGAAGGUGUCUCAACACGCAGCGGGCUGCUCCCACGUAGGGACCGGGAGGCCGAGCGUGGGCAUGCUGGACAGCCCAGAGUUGGUCGGCCAGAAGAGGUCUAUGGAGGGCCGCAUCCCACCUUGCCGAGUUGUUAUUGACUGUAGAGUGUGACCGGGCACACCUCCAGAGCAUACGUUCUAACUUCUCCGCAUGAGGGACAAUAAUCGUCUGUAUAAGUAUCGGGAUAGAUCGUGUGUAAAAGACAUGGGUUAGGAAUUAGGAUGUGGGUUAGAUGGCAAAAGCCGAGGUGUGAGGGCCUUAGCUCUGUUGAGCCGCGGAUGUGGAAUUAGAGCAUAAAUCCUGCGUGCGAUAUAAAAGUAUUUUGUGAUCUCGUUGUAGGUAGGAGUGUCCCUAUUCUCGGUGGAGUCUCGUCCAAGCUGUCCAGGGGUAGCGUGGUAGGUUAGGUUAUAUGUGCAGCCUCACGAUUCAUUGAGGUUGGUUGGAACACCCUCUAUCUAACCCUGAUGUGCGGGGAACCAACAAAUGAAGUGGUGUAUGACUUUCUUACCCUCGAGGAGCCGGAGGGCUUGUUUAGAAAUAAUGCGCCUCUUCAAAUGCUCUGACUGCUGACCUCGAGUCGCUAUAAAUAGCGUCCCGCGUGUCAUCAAGCAAGGAUAAUGCGAUUUCCAUCUGUUUGGCAAUUUCAGAGUUCCUGGCCCGAACCGAAGCAGCAUUGCAUGGUAACUUGUUUAGAAUCGACGGUUACAACUGUGGAGUCUUGGCGUCCUCUACGGACCCAUGUAACACAAAACCUCUAAAAGACGUCUCGAAACGGUUACGGACGGCUAUAGACGUCUUGGUUUACGAGAAGAUCAAGAAUAGACAUUUUUGCAAAAUA